AUCUCUUUGGGGGGAAAGCAAAGUCAGGGUUAGCCUUGGACCUUGGUUGUGCGGCCAUGGCAGUCAAGGGAGAGAAAGUGGACACUAACCUUCCCCUCAUGAAGCAAGGAUGGUACCACGGUGCAUUAAACAGGACAGAAGCUGAAGAAACACUCAGGUCGUGCUCUGAAGGCAGUUACCUGGUGCGCUCACUCGAUGUGUCUAGACAUGAGUACUCUCUUGCUCUGAAGUCUGCUCGUGGCUUUAUGCACCUGAGGAUUCAGUUUGACUGCAAGACGGGCGGGUACAUGCUCGGCCGUGGCACGAAGCAGUUCCCCACGGUGCCCCACAUGAUCCACCACCACAGCAUCUUCAGAUUGCCCAUCAAAGGUGCUGAACACAUGGUCCUCCUCCAUCCCGUGAGUCACGAGACCCUAUAGUUGCCACGUGGAGGAACGCCUACUGUUGUUGGAAAGAUACCCGUGACCUUCUACCAUCUCUGAGAGAAGAAAAAAAAGCUUCCAGUUUGUUUCCUAGUCAACCUUUUACAAUGCCCCCAAACUCCUCCUCAGAAGCAUGAUCAUUCGAGGUCCUGUAGAAUUUGUUGGUUCGGUUGUAGGGUGUAGUCAGUGAUAAAAACCUUUGAAGUUGCGCAAGGGUUGGUGAGUGUGUCAGAGGGACAAAGAAAAUUUAGUGUGCUACAAUAAGGUUUAGAUUACUGAUUACUUCAGUCUAUUUCAUUCCAUAUCCUGUUGCCAAUUUUUUGCUAGACUCUAUGAAUCUUCCAUGAUAUAUACUGCUAGUCGUUUUCCUAGUCAUUAUUCUAGAACAAUAUUCUUGUUUAUCCAAGAUCCUUUACUCCUGAAAAAGUUCUCUUGUGAACUCUUUACUUAGACCCUCAAACCAAGAUGAAGUAAAAAAGAUUUAGCACUUUCACUUUAAAAAGGUUGUCGUUUAACUGAUGUGGCAUCUCUGUCAUUUACACCGAGACCCAAGUUGCAGUACAUGAACACAAAGAUAUUCUCCAUCUCUCUCAGUCAUAACUUUGAAUAUUCCACAGCAAACAUUCCACCAUAAGUAAUUAAUGGUUUAAUCUAGUACAAAAUACCUUUGAAUACUUUGGCUGUCCAAUAAUAACUUUGAUGGCUGAAAUUUCUUCUAAGUUAUGAGGGGACAGCUUAUAUUUUGUCCACAUACAUUCCACAGUACAUGAUGCUGCUAUACUAUAGUUGCCUAAUAUAUUGCUAGUUUAGGGAUUUGCAAUGGGAACUGUAUCACAAAUAUAUUCAGGUGUGAGUUGCGCAACAAAGAAGGGCGCAAAUGAGAUUUAGAUUCCAAGAGGCACAUGUUCGACAAAGAAUAUCUCUCAGGUUAGAACCAGGAUCAAGGAUUUGCUUGAAUGUGCAGGCAGCUUUGUGCCAACACUUAGUUUUGACUCAUUAAGGUUGUCAUUGUUUUUUGGGGAGAACGAGAUCUCACAACCUGCUGCUUAAAAUUUGGCCUUAUUGUUAAAUGUACACGGCAAACUACACUUCGUUUUGCCAGAUCAUUGCAUGUAAGUAACUGGAUUUGUAAUUUUUAACCUAUUUUUCUCACAAUGAAAUGCAUAGGGUGUUCACAAGACGUUUGUAGUGUAAUAAUCUCAGUUGAUGUACAGUAUUAAUAUGAGCAUUGCUGACUCUCUUCCAACGUUAGUGCCAAAGUUGUGAGUUCAGGGAAUAAAUAUGGUUUUGCAGUGAAAGUAAACAUUAUGUAUAAAAUUUUUUGUUAGGAAAUAAUAUGUAUAUAUUUCAUACCUUAAUACAUCACACAAUAAUUUAGUUCAGGUUGAUUACAAAUACUGAAUAGUUCUUUGAGUUAGGGAGGGUUGUAUAUUGAACCUUAUGCAUGGAACAUGUCUAUAUAUACUCCACAUGUAGUUACUGAAACCAUAGAUGGAUAUUUUGAUUUGUCUCAUAGAAUCCAUACAUUACAAAUUGUAUACCAUAUCAGCACUAGCCAGACUGCUAGGCUAGUGAGUCCCUACCAAAUGUAGCUCGAUCUUGCCAUGUCUGAAAGAUCAUGAAGCGUCACUUGUGAAGGUGAUAGCUGCCAAUUAUAUCAAUGACAUCAGCAAAAUUUGUUAUAUGAAAUUAAAAAAAGACUGUAUGGUUGCAUGAAUUUGAAAAAAAAUAAGAAUUGCAUCCGAUGAAUGUAGAAACUGCGGUGUUUGUAGGACAAUCAGUAUGAUAUCCUUGUAUUGGGAAGAUUUGGAAAAAAAAGCCGUAGAAGUACAUAGGCCAUAUGAUUAUAUUUUAGCCUCUUAAGUG